UGGGGGUUCACCUUGGAUUUUCACCACGUACGCGCCCUGGAUUAACUGUUCAUUGAUGCUUUGUCUCCUUGCUGUCCGCCGACUCUGUCUCGACAGCCGCAGCCGGGAAGGAGGCGGAAGAAGGGGCCGCUCCCUUCAUUGAUUCCUUCGUUCCCCGCUUAAUGUUUGCGGGGAGUGAGGCGUGGUCAGGGAGGCAGACACACCGGGUUGGUUGAGAUGGGCUCCGGGCCUUCACGGAGCUGACCAUCUGUGGGAGAGAAGACGUUCAGACAGAUAACUAACACCGGGAGGAAUGGGCACAGGAGAGGCACAAAGGAUCGUGUAGGAGCUCGGGGAAGGAAGAGAUUACGUAUGCCCAUGGAUUAAUGUUCGUGCUGACCUCCCUGGCAUCCUUUAAGUCUCAACUAAAAUCUCAUCUUCUAAAGCGGGAAGUCUUCCCCAUUGCCCUCUUUGUUCAUUCACCAUGCGCAACCUAAAGUUACUUCGGACCUUGGAAUUCAAGGAUAUUCAGACUCUUGGGAAACCUCAGUGCUUUUCUCUCAGGACUGAUCAGGGGACAUUGCUCAUUGGCUCAGGAUAUGGGCUUAUAGAAGUGGAUCCUGUUGCAAGAGAAGUAACCUGUGAGAUUUCUUUGAUGUCAGAGGGCUUUCUUCCAGAAGAUGGCAGUGGCUGCAUUGUGGGUGUCCAGGACCUGUUAGAUCAAGAGUCUGUGUGUGUGGCUACAGCUGCGGGAGAUGUUCUACUCUGUAGUCUCAGCACUAGCCAGCUGGAGUGUGUUGGGAGUGUUGCCAGUGGUUUGUCUGUCAUGAGUUGGAGUCCAGACCAGGAACUUGUUCUUCUUGUUACAGGCCAGCAGACCUUAAUUUUGAUGACCAAAGAAUUUGAACCAAUUAUUGAAAAGCAAAUCCAUCAAGAUGAUUUUGGAGAAAGCAAAUUUAUCACUGUUGGAUGGGGGAAAAAGGAGACUCAGUUCCAUGGAUCAGAAGGCAAACAAGCUGCACAUCGAAAGCAAAUGAAUGAGCAGCCCGCUUUACCCUGGGAUGAUCAUAGACCCCAGGUUACCUGGAGAGGGGAUGGGCAGUUUUUUGCUGUGAGUGCUGUUUGCCCAGAGACAGGGGCUCGCAAAAUCAGAGUAUGGAAUAGAGAGCUUGUUUUACAGUCAACCAGCGAGCCUGUUGCCGGACUAGGACAAGCACUGGCAUGGAAGCCUUCUGGUAGUUUGAUUGCAUCUACACAGAAUAAACCUAACCAGCAUGAUGUUGUGUUUUUUGAAAAAAAUGGACUUCUUCAUGGAGAUUUUAUACUUCCUUUCCAGAAAGGUCAGGUAAAGGUAAAUGAGCUGCUUUGGAAUUCAGAUUCUACAGUCCUCGCACUUUGGCUGGAAGACCUUAACUUUGAAGAGAAUGCAGGGCCAGCAUCCUAUGUUCAGCUGUGGACAGUUGGAAACUAUCACUGGUACCUUAAACAAAAUCUGUACUUCAGUAAUUGCAAAAAGAGCAAGAUUGUGUCCUUGACCUGGGACCCAGUGACUCCAUACAGAUUACAUGUCCUCUGUCAGGGAUGGCAUUACCUCUGCUAUGACUGGCAUUGGAGUACAGACCGGAGUGCAGGAGAGAAUGCAUGUGACCUAGCAAGUGUGGCUGUCAUUGAUGGAGAUAAGGUAUUGGUGACAGCCUUUCAACAUUCUGUGGUGCCUCCACCUCUCUGUACCUAUGAGUUGCAUCUUCCACAUCCCGUGAACCAAGUCAUGUUCUGUGCACAUCCUAACAAAAGCAGCGAUCUUGCCAUUCUUGAUGCCAACAACCAGAUUUCUGUCUAUAGAUCUGGUGGUACUGCAGAUUUAGACCCCACAGUGAAAAUAGGAGCUGUAGGGGGAAAUGGAUUUAAGGUUUCUGUUACAACACCUCGCCUGGAAAAAAUAUACAAAAUUCUGUUUGAGGAUAAAGAAGAUCAGGAAGUAAAUCCCUUGAACUUGUGCCUUCUCACUUGGAUCCAAGAGGAUGCUUUCUUGGCUGUCAGUCAUGAUCAGACUGGCCCAUGUUCUGUUGUGCACCAUUUGACUGUGGCCUCUUCCGAAACAGAGGACAAAAGUGGACAUCUGAAUAUCAGCUCAUCAGUGACUGUGGAUGGAGUUGUGAUCAGUCUGUGUUACAAUCCCAAAACCAAGUCAGUGGCACUACAAUUAGCUGAUGGACAAAUCCUCAAAUACCUUUGGGAAUCUCCAACUCCUGCUAUUGAAAUAUGGAAGGAUCGUAGUGGUUUUGCUGUCCAGUUUCCCUACCCGUGCGCACAGACUACACUGGCUGUAAUAGGUGGUGAAGAAUGCAUUCUGGGGCUGACUGACAGGUGCCGUUUUUUCAUUAAUGACAUUGAGGUUGCAUCAAAUAUCAUGUCAUUUGCAAUAUAUGAUGAAUUUUUGCUGCUGACAACCCACUCUCAUACCUGCCAGUGUCUGUACUUGAGAGAUACUUCUUUUAAAGCUUUCCAAGCAGGUCUGACCAACAGCACUGCCUCUAAUGAGGAAACUCUCCGGAAAGUAGAAAGAGGAUCCCGCAUUGUCACUGUUGUGCCUCAGGACACAAAGCUCGUGUUACAGAUGCCAAGGGGAAACUUAGAAGUUGUCUAUCAUCGAGCCCUGGUUUUAGCUCAGAUUCGGAAGUGGUUAGACAGGCUUAUGUUUAAAGAAGCAUUUGAAUGUAUGAGAAAAUUGAGAAUUAAUCUAAAUCUAAUUCAUGACCAUAACCCACAGGCAUUUCUUGAAAAUGUGGAAGCCUUUGUAAAGCAGAUUGAUUCUGUAAAUUACAUCAACCUGUUUUUCACAGAAUUGAAGGAAGAAGACAUUACAAAGACUAUGUACCCUCCUCCAGUUGCCAACAAUAUCCAGAUGAGUAGAGGCCCUGAUGGUAAAAAAGUAGAUCUUAUCUGUGAUGCCAUGAGAACAGCCAUGCAGAACAUAAAUCCUCACAAGUACUGCCUAUGUAUACUGACUUCUCACAUAAAAAAGACUAAACCAGAACUAGAAAUUGUCCUGCAGAAGGUCCAUGAGCUUCAAGGAAAUACUUCAUCUUCUCCUGAUGCUGUGAGUGCAGAGGAAGCCUUAAAAUACUUACUGCUUUUGGUGGAUGUCAAUGAAUUGUAUGACCAUUCUUUAGGGACAUAUGACUUUGACUUGGUGCUCAUGGUAGCUGAGAAGUCACAGAAGGAUCCCAAAGAAUAUCUUCCAUUUCUUAAUACACUUAGAAAGAUGGAAACCAAUUAUCAACGGUACACAAUAGAUAAGCACUUGAAACGGUAUGAGAAAGCCAUUGGCCACCUCAGCAAAUGUGGACCUGAGUAUUUUCCAGAAUGUUUAAACUUGAUAAAGGACAAAAAUUUAUAUAAUGAAGCUCUGAAAUUGUACCCAUCAAAUUCUCAACAAUACAAGGAUAUCAGUAGCAUUUAUGGGGAACACCUGAAGCAAAAGAAUCUUUUUGAACAAGCAGGACUAGUAUUUGCACGCUCUGGUGCCUAUGCGAAAGCCCUGGAUGCUUUUGUGGACAGUGGCAGUUGGCAGCAAGCCUUCUCUAUGGCAGCUCAGCUGAGCUAUACCAAAGACCAGUUGGCUGGCUUGGGCAGAGCACUCUCAGGAAAACUAGCAGAUCAGAGGAAACACAGUGAUGCAGCCCUAGUUUUGGAGCAGUAUGCUGAGGACUAUGAAGAAGCUGUACUAUUGCUGUUAGAAGGAGCUAAUUGGGAAGAAGCAUUAAGACUGGUUUACAAAUACAACAGACUUGACAUCAUAGAGACAAAUAUUAAACCUUCCAUUUUAGAAGCCCAAAAAAACUAUGUGGUGUUUAUGGACUCUCAAACAGCCAUUUUCACCCGCCAUAGAAAGCGUUUACUGGUGGUUCGAGAGUUAAAGGAACAAGCACAACAAGGGAAUCUAGAUGAUGACAUGCCAAAUGGCCAGGAGUCAGACCUCUUCUCGGAAGCUAGCAGCAUGAGUGGGAGUGACAUGAGUGGCAGAUACUCUCAUAGUAACUCCAGGAUAUCUGCGAGGUCCUCCAAGAAUCGUCGAAAAGCAGAAAGAAAGAAGCACAGCCUGAAAGAGGGGAGUCCACUGGAAGACCUGGCCCUUUUGGAAGCCCUGGGUGAAGUGGUGAACAGCGUUGAAAAGCUGAAGGAUGAGGUUUAUCAGCUUUUAAAAGUACUCUUUCUCUUUGAGUAUGAUGAACAAGCAAGAGAGUUACAGAAAAUGUUUGAGGAUACCCUGCAGCUGAUGGAAAGUUCGCUGCCAGAAAUUUGGACCCCCUCCCGCCAGCAGAAUCCAGCUGUUCCUGUUAUGGGUCCCAAUUCAACUGCAAACAGCAUCAUGGCUUCUUAUCGACAACAAAAGGCUUCAGCUCCUGUAUUCCAGGGUGCAGAACUUUUUAUACCUCCGAAGAUCAAUAAAACUAUCCAGUGGAAACUGAGCCUUCUAGAGUAAUUCUGAUGCCAUUUGGAGGUGCUCUGAGGGUGAAUAGUAUUAUUUUAAACUCAUCUCAGUGUUUUUCCAUCCCUCCCUUGAGGUCCUACUGUCUGAACCUCGAAGAAUAUAAGAGGAAUAUCCUCUGAAAUUACUGUUGCUUUUUGAGUCAGACCUUGGCUAACACCUUAAAAUUAUUUUUUUCAGAGUACUCAUCUCUUCAUUGUCUUAUGCUGUACUUCUCAUUUUGAAACAGAGACUUCAGAAUGUAUACAGUUUCAAGUUACAAGUACCUUAUUCAUGGUGUUUUAAAAGUUAGUGAGUCCUGUGUAGUGCAGGAGUCAGGACUGCUUCUCUUUUUACCACCCAGCAAAUCACUUGGUCU